AAGGGGGCGCAUCAGGGGUAUAAAACCUAAAUCAAUCUAAUUCAGCACCAGAACCAAAACAAGUGAAGACCACGACCAGGGAAAAGGGAAGAGCGAUAACUUUUGAUGCCUUUUCACACUUAUUUUAUGGUGUGACUGCAAGGAUAUUUUUCUACAGCUUUAGCUAUUUGAUUUUUUGGGAAUAAGCGCGUGUCACUUCUAUUGGACACAACGAAUGCAUACACCUGCGGAUUGUUGUAUAGCUACCAACCAAACAACUGACAUAAAUGGCCUCACUACCCUUUAGAUGUGUCUUGGCUUUGGUUGUAAUGCAAGUGGUAUCGUCCUCUGGAGUGUUCGAGCUGAAAGUCCAUUCGUUCAACACUGCCCACCGCAUAUGCAGAAGGCAUAGAGACUGCCACAUAUUUUUCCGAAUUUGUCUAAAACACUCGGAGGACGUUAUCCAUGCGGAGCCACCAUGCACGUUUGGAACCGGACAUACCAACGUCAUCCGCGCAGAUCAGACCUCGAUUUCCAGCAGCGCUCCAAUUAGAAUACCUUUCCAUUUCAAGUGGCCGGGAACAUUUUCACUGAUAAUUGAAGCAUGGAACGCAGAAACCCCUACAGAAUACACAGACAACCAAAACAACCUUGUCAGCCGCUUGGCAACCAGAAGAAGACUGGCCAUCGGCGAGGACUGGUCUCAAGACGUCCACUUCGGAGAGCAGAGCGAGCUGCGCUACUCCUACCACGUAUUCUGUGACGAGUACUACUUUGGCGAUAGCUGCGCGGAGUACUGCAGACCCCGCGACGACACUUUGGGCCACUACACCUGUGACGAGGAGGGGAACAAACACUGUCUGGAGGGCUGGAAGGGCAACUACUGUUCUGAUCCCAUCUGCUCGGCGGAUUGCAGCGAGAGGCACGGCUACUGCGAGGCCCCUGGGGACUGCAAGUGCAGGAUGGGCUGGCAGGGGCCCUCAUGCAAUGAGUGUGUGCGUUACCCAGGCUGCCUCCAUGGCACCUGCGGCCAGCCAUGGCAGUGUGACUGCAAGGAGGGUUGGGGCGGCCUCUUCUGUGACCAAGACCUCAACUACUGCACCAACCACCGGCCAUGUGCCAACGAUGCCACCUGCACCAACACAGGCCAGGGCAGCUACACCUGUACCUGCCGCCCGGGCUACAGCGGCACGAACUGUGAGCUGGAGACCAACGAGUGUGACAGCAACCCCUGCAAGAAUGGCGGAAGCUGCAAUGACCUGGAGAACGACUACUCGUGCACCUGCCCCCAGGGCUUCUAUGGGAAGAACUGUGAGAUCAUUGCCAUGACGUGUGCCGACGGGCCUUGCUUCAACGGGGGCACCUGCAUGGAGACGCCAACGGGGGGCUAUACCUGCCGUUGCCCUCCCACAUACACCGGCUCCAACUGCGAGAAGAAACUAGACCGCUGCAGCAACAGCCCAUGUCUGAAUGGUGGUGAGUGUAUAGACCUGGGUCAGAGUGUGCUAUGCCGCUGCCGCUCCGGGUUUACCGGUGCCAACUGCCAAAUCAACAUCGAUGACUGUGCCUCAGUACCCUGCCAAAAUGCUGGCACCUGCCAGGACAACGUGGACGACUACACAUGCUCGUGCACGUUGGGCUACGCCGGCAAGAACUGCAGUGUGCGUUCGGACGCCUGUGGCCGCGGUGCCAGUGCCCAGCCCUGCCAGAAUGGCGGCACCUGCUUCACCCACUUCACGGGUCCUGUGUGUCAGUGUCCGACAGGUUUCAUGGGACCUAGCUGUGAGUUCACGCUGCAGCUCAGCUUCCAUCCCGCUUCCCAAAUGACAAAUAAGCCUUCUUCCGCCACCCUCACUGCCUCUUGCAUCCUGGCGUUACUUGCCCUUGGCCUAGCAGCGGGCAUCGUGGUGCUGCGGCGGCACCGGCUGCGUAGUAGGAAGCAACUGAGUGAUACAGCAGUGUUUAACGACCUGGAGACCGUGAUCAACCAUUUCCCUAGCGAGAGAGAGGCUUUCCUGGGGCCCAGUGGUCUGUUCAAGAUCAGCAAUAGCGACCCGCGCCUCAGCUUGGCAUCGCUUGUAUCGCUGAGCCCCCCAGACGACAGGACAGGCCGGGGACUUGGGGGUGAGCACCGUUCUCUCUCCCCCGGACAGGACUACCUCUGGAGGGGGGAGAGUGGGGCUGGGCUAAGAUGAACCACUGGUCUGGACUCAAGAAGGACAGAAAGAGGAUAUAGGACAGCCACGCA